AUGCUGUACCCAUCAAUUCCUGUUUGCUUCCUCGUGAUUGGAGUAGCAUUAUGUGCCCCAGAGAGGAUGCAGAACGAGCCAGACCCUCACGACACUCCAGUGCAUGAGGGCACUGAACCUCACAGUGACCACAUUGCCCCUCUUGAGAAGAGAUCCCCUCACUACGACUUCGGGUUGGGCAAAAGGGCUUACAGCUACGUGUCAGAAUAUAAGCGACUACCUGUCUACAACUUUGGAUUGGGCAAGAGAUCCAGGCCCUACUCCUUUGGUCUGGGCAAGCGCUCAGUCGACGAGGACCAGUCCAGUGAGAGCCAGCCUCUGACCAGCGACCUGGAUCAAGCUGCCUUAGCUGAAUUCUUCGAUCAGUAUGAUGAUGCCGGUUACGAAAAGCGCGCUCGGCCUUACAGCUUCGGGCUCGGCAAACGCUUCGCUGACGACGAAACUUCCGAAGAAAAGCGGGCAAGGGCAUACGACUUUGGACUGGGCAAGCGGCUACCGAUGUACAACUUUGGACUGGGCAAGCGAGCAAGGAGCUACAACUUUGGUUUAGGCAAGCGAUUGAGCAGCAAAUUCAACUUUGGUUUAGGCAAAAGGGAGCGGGACAUGCAUCGCUUCAGUUUCGGUCUGGGCAAACGAUCGGCAGAUGACGCUUCGGUCGAAGACAGCGACAAUUAUUUCGACGUUUAAAUAAUUUUGUUAAUUUAUGAUUAAGAGAUAACCCUAUUGGAAACUUGUGUGGGAUUAUUUUUUUAAUUACCUAUUUGUUUAUUCCUGUCUUAAAUUAAACAUAGACUGUUAUUUUUAUAGGGAUUGUUAUUUAUUUUAUAUCAACACUACCUCAAUGUUAUUAAAGGUUUUCAUGUGAGAAAUCCAGCCAUUUUCACAUGGAAACCUCAAUAUACAAUUCUGUUUUUUAUGUUUUUAUUGUUUACAUUUCCACGCAAGUUUCCAUACCAAAACAGUUAAUUAAUAAUUAUAAGAUUUUUGACUGCAUAAUUCAAAUAAAUUAGGCAUUUCGAAUAUUAAAAAAAAUGUAUUAGAAAUCGUGAUUUGAAAAACCAAAUUCAUGUUCUGAUUUUUAUUUGUGUUACAAUAUUUAUUUUUUAUUUCGUAACAUUUAUUUUACUGGUUUUAAACCG